AUGUUGGCCAAUGUGAUACAAAAAGUUGAAUCAACUGAUGAAGGGGUGAAAGAGAUGAAAAGUGAUUUCUCUAGUAUGAGUCAACUGGUAGACUCUCAUACCACCUCCAUCAAGAAGAUUGAGCAGCAGUUGGGGAAACUUUCAGCCUCGUUAAAUCAGAGGAAAAAUGGGUCACUACCAAGUGACACGAUCCAAAAUCCUAAGAAGGACGGGCAUUACAUGGCUAUCGCCACCAGGAGUGGUAAGAUCCAUACUGACCCAAUUUCUGUAGGUACUAAACAUGAGCAGGUAUUAGAGCAAGUUGAAAGAGAGGAGGAUGAAGCGGAACAUGUAGAUGACUUGGAGGAUGCUCAUCCAAUAGCACAAUCCCCAAGAGGAAAAGAGAAAGAGGUUGAGGGAAAUAUGCCUUUACAGCAGAUUCCAAGAUCACCUUCUCCUUUCCCUCAAAGGCUUAAAAAGAAAGCCGAAGAUGGGAAAUUUGCGAAGUUCAUCACCAUGUUGCGACAACUGUCAGUAAACAUCCCACUGGUGGAAGCAUUAGAGCAAAUGCCAGGAUAUGCCAAAUUCAUGAAGGACUUGGUCACAAAGAAAAGAGCUGUAAGCAUUGAUUUAAAUGACAAUGUUCAUCACUGUAGUGCUAUUGCUACUAGAUCUCUGGUUCAGAAGAAGGAGGAGGAUCCAGGUGCAUUCACCAUACCAUGCACCAUCAGAUCAAUCGAAUUCACAAAGGCCUUAUGUGACUUAGGGGCCAGUAUAAACUUGAUGUUGCUGGCCAUCUACAAACAACUAGGGUUAGGAGUUCCAAAACCCACAGCCAUGAUGUUGAUGAUGGUAGAUAGGUCAGUGAAACGACCUAUGAGUAUCCUAUGUGAUGUGCUCGUAAAGGUGGACACGUUCAUCUUUCCGACAGACUUCAUGAUCUUGGAUUGCGAAGUAGAUUUUGAGGUUCCCAUUAUUUUGGGAAGACCAUUUCUGGCCAUGGGACGAGCAUUGGUAGAUGCUGAGCGAGGAGAACUGAUAUUCAGAUUCAAUAAAGAAGAGGUAAAGUUUAAUAUUUUCAGGUCCAUGAAGUAG